UUGCUAUCACUCCGGUCUGUAGCGCCAAGAGGCCGAUGCGGGACGUCGGGAGACUACGGGUUGUGUGUGCUGUUGCCUCUCUCCGUUUCGCGGCCGCGAUGUUCGCCAAAAACUACGGUCCAUCUACAGGCUAUGGAGGAAAUAGGACUUAUUCCUGUUAUUCUUCUGGUGAUGUUGAUUCUGCUCUUGGGUUUGAAGACUUUCUGUAUACAGAUGACACUUCAGGGACAGAUGAGGAAUUAGAUUUGUUUGUCUUGUUUGGAAAUCUGCGAGGAAAUGUAGUUGGAUUACGCUACUACACAGGAGUUGUUAACAAUAAUGAAAUGGUUGCACUUCAGAGGGAGCCUAAUAACCCUUACGAUAAAAAUGCAGUAAAAGUAAAUAAUGUGAAUGGAGACCAGGUAGGACACAUCAAAAAAGAACUGGCAGCACCCUUGGCAUACAUCAUUGACAAUAAACUAGCAAGAGUAGAAGGGAUUGUCCCUUAUGGAGCAAAAAAUGCCUUUACUAUGCCCGUACAAAUGAGUUUUUGGGGAAAAGAAGAAAAUAAGCAAGCUGUUCUAGAUCGACUGAAAAUGCAUGGCUUUAAAAUGGCUCCUCCUCUAAAAGGUUCAGAACUUGGCUUUGGAUCAAACUUGUUUUCUGGAAGAGCUGGCCCAAGCUAUAGUGCUCCUGGUCAUACUGCUGUGCAGAUGACAACUGAACAGCUUAAAAGCGAGUUUGACAAGCUAUUUGAUGAUUUGAAAGAAGAUGAUAAAACGCGUGAAAUCCAAGGACCAGAGGUUAUUGGAACACAGUUACUGCCACACCAAAAACAAGCUUUAGCUUGGAUGAUUUUGCGUGAGAACAAUAAGGAGCUGCCACCAUUUUGGGAAGAAAGAAACAACUUCUUUUAUAAUACACUUACAAAUUUUGCUGAAAAGGAGAGACCAGAAAAUGUUCUUGGAGGAAUACUGGCUGAUGAUAUGGGUUUGGGCAAAACUCUCACAACUAUUGCCCUGAUUCUCGCCAACUUUCACAAUGGCAAGCCUCUUCCUGUUGAAAAGAUCAAACGUGAUGAGUUUUAUAAGGAAUUUGGUGCAACUAGCGUGAAAAAUGAAGGGGACCUACCGUUCAAAGAUCACAACUGUAACUUGGAGUCCAGCACUUCUAGUGGAAAGAGUGAAACUGUUCAGGCACAACUGUCCAGUUUUUAUCCAGAAAGAACAAAAGCCAAGAAACCCAAGUAUUCAGAAAGAAGUGAUUCGGAAGAAUCAGAAGAGUGGCUGCCACAAGAAACAGGAAUCAAAACUAAAAAGGAUCUCCCUACAACCAGGAAAAGAAGUAAAGCUUCUUGUAAUUUUCAAGAAGAUACAGGCUUUGCAUCUGCCCUUGCAGCUCCAUCUCCUGCAUUAAAAAAGAAAGCAAAGCAAAAAGGUACUUCUAGCAUUCAGUUGGCUAAGAGAGAUGAUUCUGAAGGAGGACCGAGAACAACACUAAUCAUAUGUCCGCUGUCUGUUUUAAGCAACUGGAUUGAGCAGCUUGAACAACACAUCAGCCCUGAAGUUCACUUAAACGUUUAUGUUUAUUACGGACCUGACCGCAGCAAAGACCCAGCACUUCUUUCAAGACAAGACAUUGUACUGACAACCUACAACAUUUUAGCCAGUGAUUACGGAAGCAGAGGUAAUAGUCCGUUACACAAACUUAAAUGGCUCCGAGUGGUAUUGGAUGAGGGGCACACAAUACGAAAUCCAAAUGCUCUACAAACUAAAGCUGCAUUAAAUCUGGAGGCACAGAGAAGAUGGAUACUGACAGGCACUCCUAUCCAGAAUUCCUUAAAGGAUUUGUGGUCACUUCUCUCCUUUCUAAAACUGAAACCAUUUGCUGAUCGAGAGUGGUGGCAUAGAACAAUUCAGCGCCCUGUUACGAUGGGAGAUCAAGGGGGGCUUAGGCGUUUACAGUCCCUAAUUAAAAAUAUUACUCUUAGAAGAACUAAAACGAGCAAAAUUAAAGGGAAGCCAGUUUUGGAGUUGCCAGAACGUAAAGUAUUUAUUCAGCAUGUUACGCUUACGGAGGAAGAGAGACAAAUCUAUCAGGCUGUGAAGAAUGAGGGCAAACUUGCUAUUAGCAGAUAUUUCAGUGAAGGAACUGUUCUGGCACAUUAUGCAGAUGUCCUUGGUGUCUUAUUGAGGCUGAGACAGCUGUGUUGUCAUCCUCACCUUUGCACAAACGCAUCUUCUUUCAAUGAUACAGGUGUAAAUAAUACUCCUGAAGAAUUGCGUGAGAAACUAGUAAAUAAAAUGAAGCUGGUUCUGAGCUCUGGAUCAGAUGAAGAAUGUGCAGUUUGCUUGGAUUCUCUCACCUUUCCUGUGAUAACACAUUGUGCACAUGUGUUUUGUAAACCGUGUAUAUGUGAAGUCAUCCAAAGUGAACAGCCAAAUGCCAAAUGCCCUCUUUGUAGGAACGAACUUCGACUAGAGCAUUUGGUAGAAUGUCCUCUGGAGGAGUCAGACUUCGAGAGCGUGAAGAAAAGUGAUCAGGAAUGGAUACCCAGUUCAAAAAUAAAUGCUCUGAUGCAUGCUUUGAUAGAACUAAGGAAGGAGAAUCCAGCUGUUAAGUGUCUGAUUGUUUCUCAAUUCACAACUUUCUUGUCUUUAAUAGAAACACCACUGAGAGAGUCUGGUUUUGUUUUUACUCGUUUAGAUGGAUCCAUGCCCCAGAAAAAACGGGUAGAAGCAAUUCAGUGCUUCCAAAGCAGCCAAGCAGGAUCUCCAACCAUAAUGCUGUUAUCGCUAAAAGCUGGCGGGGUUGGAUUAAACUUGACUGCAGCUUCACGAGUGUUCUUAAUGGAUCCGGCUUGGAAUCCUGCAGCAGAAGACCAGUGUUUUGACAGAUGUCAUAGACUUGGCCAGAAGCAAGCUGUUGUCAUCACCAAGUUUGUUGUGAAGAAUUCAGUGGAAGAAAAUAUGCUGAGCAUCCAAAACAAGAAGAGGAAACUGGCUGCUGGAGCCUUUGCAACUAAAAAGCCUACUGCUAGUGAAGUGAAACAAACCAAAAUUAAUGAAAUUAAGACUCUAAUUGACUUAUAAUUUUUGGGAUAGCUGGUUAAUUAUUUGUGAAUAACAAAGUUACAGUUUGAUAUGGCAGUCAUGUUCAUAAUAUAUACUUCACAUGGGUUUAUAAUUAUGCUACUAAGUUCAUUGCUAGGGCUGUAAACUCAAAUAGUGAAAUUUAAUUUUCCUGGUCAGUUUGUGUUGAUGCUUAUUUCCCCUUUUUAAUGUGUUUUGCAUUCUUGUAAAGCUCCCUUCACUUCCCAAAUGUUAUAACUUGUGUUUAUACAAAUAGUUUGACAAGGACCAAAAAAACCCAACUUGGAACAGAAUUAUAGUAAUGACUUGCCUUUCUCUGCCUUUUGUGUAUGCAAGUAUUUGAUUUUUAGAAUGAAAAUUCAACUAGUAUUUUUCUGGCAUUGAGAAAUAUGGUCAUCUCUUCUUCCAAAGACAUAAAUAUUAAGAAGUGUGAAUAAUACAUAGACUGAACAUAAACAUGUCCUUUAAACCAAACCAAUAGUGUUCGCUCCCCCACUCCCCGAUAGCUGAUCAAUAAUAAUUGCAAAACUAAUAAGGUGAUACAAUCUUCUAAGAAUAAUAUUUCUAUAUUAUUUUCUGGCUAUCAUUCUAUAUAGUUUUACAUGGUUUUUAUGGUAAGUAAAACAUUUUUAUGGAAAGACAGCUUCUGUAUCUUCCUUUAUGGAUGUAGCAGGGAACUAAUUGUCUGAAGUGAAUUAUAUUAUGUAUAAAGCCCUCUAAUUUUGUGCAUUUCUGUAUAAAAUUUCUCAGAAGUGUAUAGAAGUUCUAAAUGUAUAUCCACACUUUUUUUUUAUAGAACAUUUGGAUAAGAGUACUUGAAUACUAGUUUAGUGCUAGUGCUAUUACCUAAGCAUCUGUGCUUUAGAAUUUUUACUGUCCUACAGUGUAGAUAUUUGCUGCAGACAAUAUACAAAGUAUCUCUGUU